AUGGCCUUGGCUUCGUUGGUGCCGGGAAGAACAUCUUUGAGGCCGAAAAGCCGGCAAUAUUUGAUCUUUGGAACGGCAAAGGGCGCAUCGUUGUGUUUGGACGGUGUGAGAAAUGGGCACGUGCCUGCGUCGUGGGCAGCAACGCCCGACAGAGUAGGGGUCUGCAACCUGGCCAUGGUAAAUAUAUCUGAAGAAAUCCAGUUGUUAACGGAACAGGUGAAAAAGGUUAAGAAACCAGGCGAUCUCGUCAUUCUGUCUUUUCACUGGGGAAGAAACUGGGACUGGACGGUUCCAGAAUACCAGCAAAAAUUUGCUCGUGCUGCAAUCGACUUUGCCGGCGUUGACGUCAUCUACGGACAUUCAUCUCACCACGUGAAGGGUAUAGAGGUUUACCAUGGAAAUCUCAUCACUUACGGCUUAGGCGAUCUGAUCAAUGAUUUCGAAGGUUCGAUCAACCGUUACCUUGCUCGUUUAUCAGAAACAUAUCAUUACGAAUGGAACUUAAUGUAUUUUGCCGACUUCAACCAAGAGAACGGAAACGUCCUCAACCUUAAAAUGGUGCCGACUUCGAUAGAAAAGUUCCAGGUUAGAAGAACCGACGAAGAUGCUGCAGACUGGCUCCAUAAGCAGAUGGACAAGUUGUGCAAGAAGUUGGGAGCAGGCGUGGAGAGAGUCGGCGACGAACUCCAACUCCUGAUUGCUAAUCCCCUCGUCAAGGGCGAGCUAUAA